AUGGCCCGCCGCGGCGGCACGGACUACGCCAAGUGGGCCGCCUUCGACGACGACGACGACGACCCCCUGGCGAAGCUCACCAUCGGCAACGAACGGCGGCACCCCUCGUUGCCGAAGGUGGUCCGCAAGCUCCCCGAGGCGCCGAGCAGCGCCAGCAAGGUGGUCCCCAGGCCAAGAAGCGCCAGCAAAGGGCGCCGGGCCCCGACCGAGCCGGCAGCACCGCCGAGGGAGCUGCCGACGGUGCGCGACGCCCCGACGCCCGCCGUCGCGCCCGAGCUCGCGCCCCUCAAGGCCAAGUACUCCAUUGAAUUAUUGUGCGACCCGAACUGACUCUGGACCUGGCCCUGUUUGAAGCGCCUCCGGAAGGCCAUCGCCGCCAUGGGCGCCGCGGACCGAUUCGACGUAUCAAUCUUCCCGAUGCAGGCGUAUAUGCACUUCAAACGAGGAGAGGACGCUCACGACCGGAGGGCGGCCUACGACGAAAUUUCCAGAGCGCACGGCACGAAAGGGGAUGAUGUCUGGGCUCGGCUGCAGGAGGUCUACGCCGAGGAAGGCUUGACGUUGACGCGGGACGGGAAAGUGGGCAACCCCUUCGACGCCCAACGGCUACUCUGGUUCGCCGAGAAGUCAGGUAAGUCGUUGGACGUGCUGGAAGCGCUCCUCGAGGCCUGCCACGCCAAGGGCCAGCCGUUAUCUGAUCUUGCCGUGCUCAACGACUGCGCCUUCGCGGCUGGUUUAGCUAAAAGUGAAAGGGACGACGACAUGGCGCGCUUCCUCGUGUCCCCUCGCGGAGGGUCGGACGUCGCGUUACGAUUGGGCGAAUGUCUUACAAGAGGGGUAGUUGCGUCGCCCGUCGUCGUGCUCGACGAAAAAUUUCCCCUGGAGGGCGCGCAGCCCUACGCCGUCGUCGGCGCCGUUUUAGCGGAGCUCCUCGCGACGGGCACGAACUUCCGCGUCGUCGAGCCGUCGGGCAUGGACUCAUCAAAAUGGCCCUAGCGGCUCCCGUGACGGUCUCUCACUUAAGGGUGUGGGGCCCGACUGCUGCUUUGGCUAGCUCAUAAUAUGGUUUCUUGU